CGGGCACCGCCCGGCGCCGCGCUCCGCUCCGCCGCAGCCCCGCCAUGGCGUACGGUGGCCUGACGGUGCCCAUCAUCGUUAUGACCGUCUUCUGGGGGGUGGUCGGCGGCGUCCUGCCGUGGCUCGUGCCCAAAGGGCCCAACCGCGGUGUUAUCAACACAAUGCUGGUGACGUGUGCUGUCUGCUGCUACCUGUUUUGGCUGAUUGCAAUCUUGGCUCAGCUCAACCCCCUCUUUGGGCCGCAGCUGAGCAAUGACACGAUCUGGUACCUUAAAGUUCACUGGCCUUAAGGAUGGUGGUUCCCUGCUGCGCUGCACUGACCGGGUAAAGAAGAGAUUUCCUUCAGAUGAAAAACCUCCACAGAUCCAAAGAUGCCCUUAACAUACCUGGUUGGAUACCAUUCCUGCAUUGAUGCCUUAACACAUACAUUGUGCUUCAGAUGGCUUCUUGAAAGCCCUCUAUUUUUCCUACUUUACCACCUAACAGUGUGCCUAAUCUAACUCCUUCAGUACUGUACGUUUCUAUCUGUUAACUUCAGGUAUGAUUAAAGUUUCUGCAGGGACAUUGCCAGCUUCCCUGUGCGCUUUACUUGCUCUGUAGGAAUGCUGUAUCUCAGAGCUUUGUCUCUAGCUGUUCAUUCCUGUUCUGUUUGACUGCACUUGAAAAGAAAUGUCUUUAAAAGAAAUGAAACUGUAUGAGGAGAGAAGCAAUGCUGCCACAUGUUGAUGGCAUUUAUUUUUUAAAAGGAGUUGUGGUUUUGGGAAAUGUGGUCUUAAAUUUCUCAUACCGGAAAAUAAAAGUAAUCUUCUGCUUUA